AUGCCAGGCGUCACACUACCUAUCCCAGCUCCUGAGCCACGCAGACCUUCAAUCUGGGAGCCUUCCUUUGGUCGUGACUGGACUCUUUACCCGGACUCUCCAACCCUCUCUCAUACUUUUGAUGAUGUCGACUUGGAUGACAUUACCAAGCGAGGUGUCUCGAAGGCUGCAUCGUUCAAGGAGCAAGAGUACGAUCCGGCCAUGCUGAUGUACCAUCCAUACGACAAGACUGAUGCCCAAUCUUAUCCACAGCCAUUUGAGUGGGAGAAAUGGUUUGAUGACCUCGCCGAUCUUCCCUCUCAGGCUCGUUCUCCAUCUAUUACAUCGGCAAAGACUAUGGAUACAACCGAAGUAGCAGCUUCAGCUUCGAGGAGAGGAAGUGUCCAGCAGUUCACUCCCUCUGGUAGCGGAUCUUCUUUCUCUCACAUCACACCUAUUUCUCGCCGAAGCAGUUGUGCAGACACUUCGUCUAGAAUAUCUCGCCGUCAGGAUCCUGCCGCCUACCUAGCCAACAAAAGACUCUCUUCUUUACUAUCUUCUUUCUCCUUUUGUCAGUCUCAAGACUCUCUAUAUCAGCCUAGUAGACCUUCACAAGACAUUGGUCCUUUAUCCCUUCGGACCUCUAGGACUAGCUUCUCACUCGCCCCAACAAUCACAAGUACAAGUACAUCUUCGUCCCGUUCGGCUUCCAGCCUCCACCCAAAUGUCCCACGUCGCCGACGGAGCAGCACCAAGAGGCGUAAUACUGCUUUGCUCCUUUCUCACAUGGGUGCUAGCCUUACACCUUACCGAAUGGAUUCUUACUCUUCAGAACUACAGAAAGUUGUUUCUGGGAUCCCAAUUUCAGCUUUCAUUCAUCCAAAGAUGCACAUCCCUGGGAGUUUGGAGUACGGACCCGUGGAAGAAGAUGGAGGUUAUAGUGAUGCUUAUCCCUUGAGGCAUACGAGACAAUGGUCAUUCGAUAUACUUGGUUUGGCCGAUGCACAAGGUGACUUGGUCAUGGACGGCAUCGAGUGGGAAUCUGUUAUUUCGGGGGGAGACGGUGCUUCCUUCUCUGAAGCAGCAUAA